AACUGCGGCGGAAACGUUUCUGGUGUGCUGAAAGGCGGAUCCCUCUUUGCCACUUUGUCUUUUAGAACUUCUGUUGAACUGUUUUCUACUUGUCACUCCGCGAAGAGUUGCUAAAUCAAACAAAAACGGCUAUUUGGUGUAUUAAAUCAGCCCUGUAUCCAGUCGAGCUUUACGGACGCAUUGACGAGAAGGAGUUUUUCCCCUGUAGCCAUAGCUAGCUAACUUUUAACGCAUUUAACUUGUUCCCUGCCCUGCAACACAACUGGGAAGGUGCAACACCGGACCAAACACAGCAAGAUGGCAGAUAAAGAACUGAUGUGGGCAUUGAAGACUGGGGACCUGGAUGAGGUCAAAGCCAAACUAGUAACGGCCGAGGAUGUAAAUCGGACCCUGGAUGGUGGGAGGAAGCCUCUUCAUUACGCUGCAGACUUUGGUCAGGUGGAUGUGGUGCAGUUCCUCAUUUCUAAGGGAGCAGAUGUCAACGCUCCAGACAAACAUGGGCUCACUCCUCUGAUCUCUGCCUGUUUUGAGGGCCACCUCUCAUGUGUCAAGAUCCUGCUAGAAAAGGGAGCUGACAAAGACCGGAAAGGACCGGACGGCAUCAGUGCCUUUGAAGCUGCUGAGAGUGAUGCCAUAAAGGCUCUGCUCAAGUGAGACAAAACAGUGUGGCUGGACAGGUGGGUGAACGGGCACACAGAUGGACGCAGUGGUCCAGAAGACAGAAGACGGACUCACCUAUUUUACCCUAUCAACCUCUGUCUUAAAACUGCUUUUGUCUGUUUGUUGGAGGUUCAUUUAGUCUGUCUGGUGAUUUUUCCUUUACCUUUUUUUUCCUCUAUGUUCCCUUCUCUCCGAGUUUUGGGAUAGGAUUUCCUCUUCAUUUGGCCUCUGUCUGUAGCCAUUUAACUAAGGACUUAUAAAGUGUCCCUUAGGGACCAAAUACUGAGGGAGAGCUGUUCAACUUGGAUCCUAAAACACUGUUCAGACUAGAAAUCAGUCUCUGACCUUAAUGCCAGCUUAGCACUUAAUUACACAACGUUUUUCAGUCUUUUGGAACUGUAAAGUAAUCAAAUGGUUAAAAAUCAGCUGUGUUAAUAUUUUUUACAACUUCAGUACAAGCAUUGCGCGGCCAGGGUUUGAUCUCAUGACCAGUCGGUGCACUGUGCUGUACUGGUAGAAUAAAAGGAAAAGUUGUGAAGUUUCCGUAUAUAAACCUUUCAUUCUGCGUGGCCUCUUCCUUGUUUGCUUUUUUCUUUUUUUUUUACAUAGCCCAAACUGUUCCUCAUGUCCCAUCUUGGAACUUUGGAAAUAUUGGGUCGGAGCGAUCAAGAGGUCGGGUUUUCUUUCUUCUUGGCCCUGUUAUCACUCACAUAUCAUUAACACAUUUAAACCUGUUGUGUUUCUUUGACCAAUCACCAUGCUGGCUGACUAGAAAGACUUGAAUGUUGCUUUUUAAAAUGUUACUGAAUCCCUUUGAAAGCGAUGCUAACGGCACAUAAUAGGAUUAGGACUUCUAGAAAUUUGUUUUUUCAACCCACGCCCCCUAGAGUGAAUUUUCGGAGCAAAAAACUUUUUUUUCUUUAUUAAUUUUAAUAAAUUUCUUUUGCUGCAGCUUCUGUCAGUGAUUUGUAACGGGUGGGUUCAUGGCGUUGUAAGUGGGAAACUGGAGUUGGAACCUUGAUCGCGGGGACUGCUGAUAUUCUGCUUGCCUUGGAUUUGGUUCGACACCCUGCCUGUUUUGCUGCAUGUUAAAACUGCCUCUGCUUUUAUGCUAGAAAAUGGUCACUGUCCUCUUGUUUGCUUUCAAAUGAAUUACUACUAUGUAACAGACAAAAAGAUGCUCUCACUGACUUUGUUGUGACAAAAGUCUGUAAAAACCAAUAAAAAUGUCAAUAAAAAAUG